GAAGACCUCUGGCUCCCCCUGGUGGUAGUUGCCUGUAUUUGCAGCGCUCCCUAAUACGUCAUCAAAAGCGGACACGACUUCUGAACAAAGCUACCGCAAAAAUGCUUUUCUACUCGUUUUUCAAGUCUCUGGUUGGGAAGGACGUAGUGGUGGAGCUCAAGAACGAUCUGAGCAUCUGCGGAACGCUUCAUUCUGUUGACCAGUACCUGAACAUAAAGUUGACAGACAUCAGUGUGACGGAUCCAGAGAAAUAUCCACACAUGCUGUCUGUGAAAAACUGCUUCAUCCGUGGAUCGGUGGUCCGAUACGUUCAGCUGCCGGCUGACGAGGUGGACACUCAGCUUCUGCAAGAUGCGGCGCGAAAGGAAGCCAUGCAGCAGAAGCAGUGAUGGGGCAGUGGGGUUGGGGUGGGGGGUUGGAUACUUUGGGUUUUGAUCAUUUACGUUUGACGAACUCUGAUCAGCUUUUGUUUGUUGGCAGAACUGCUGAAUUUCUUCUGUUUGUCACAGAAUUUUAGAUGCAUUCCCAUUGUUGAUGCUCGAUAAUUUGCAGACUGAAGGUCCGUAGCUCAGAGGAAGUUUGUUUGAUCCUUCUCGUGGAAAAUAAAUCCAAAUUCAGUUUAGAGCUCAGAGAGGAGAGACAGGGAUCUGUUGUGGUGUUUGUGUUCAUUUUUCUGUUUGAGAUGAAAAAAAACUUGUUUUUUAUGCCAUUUAGAAAUAAAGGUAUUUAUAUUUUG